GUUGGUUCAAUAACAACUGCGAUGAGGAGAUGGAAUCAGGAACAACAAUGGAUGAAGACAAAGACACAAGAAAAGAGUGUUAUGAAGCUACUGGGGGAGACAAAGACCAUUCUUUGAGCAAGACAAUGGACGGGUUUGAACUGCCAGGUGAUAUUCGAUUAAAUGGGGAAGAUAAUUUGUUCGAUGAAAACGUAUAUACAAGGGGCUAUGAAUAUUCUACUGUUGGUGAUUAUUGCUCCGACGAAAGCCUACAGACUGAUGAUAUGGUUUCAGAAGACAAUCAACAUGAAAAAGAGUCAGAUUGUUGA